UAUGCUAGAAUUAAGUUAAUGAGGCUUCCCAAUUUUUCGAGUAAAGAAAAAGAGACUUCUCCCCUCAACAACUUCAAAAAUCUUUCUGCUUCUUUCCAUUUAUUAAACCCAAAAAAUUGCCAUAGUAGCACAGUUCCAUCACACAAUAACCUUCUUAUUACCUCCCAAAACUGCAAAGCCUUUUUAAGAAAAUCAGGUAACAAGAAGGAGCUGCUGCCUAAGAGAGAUUACACUCCUUAAACAACUUAUAUAGGAAACAAUGAAAAAAAUAAGUAGUCAACGUUUUUGUGCAAAAUACACCAAUUUGGAGACACGGACAUGAAAGGUUUUCUCCCCUAAACCAUAUCAUUAGUGCUGAUUUUAGUGAGUGCAACAGAGCAAACCAAUACCUUCACUUUAUUUGGAACUUUUGCCUUCCAAAUUACUGAAGAAGGGUGAAAUGAUGAAAGAUUUGAAAAGUCAAUGAAGGUGUUGAAGAAGGAGAUUGUACAAAAGUUGCCAGACUCGUCAAGAAGCCCACCCAUCUGUCUUCCGGAAUAUUAUUUUUUACCUUUACCAGCCAUCUCCUUGACAUUAGGCAGGAACAAGCUAUUGCCUUGAGAAAUAAAUGUCCAAGGACAUCUAUGAGAUUUUUCAUGCAGAGUACUGGCAUUCAAUUAAAUGAUGCUAGAAGAAAGGUUUAUCGUGCACGGUUUUCUUCUGUUACUGAGAAAGAUAUUUUUAAGGCUAUGGAUAACCUUGUUGAACCUAACAGAAAUGAAGCACUGGCUGUUGAUGCUCGGCAGGAGAUAGAUUUGAAAGUUGGUGUUGCAUUUACACGAUUUCAAACUAGAUAUUUCCAGGGAAAAUAUGGGAAUCUUGACUCCAGAGUUAUCUCCUAUGGGCCAUGUCAAACUCCCACCCUGGGGUUUUGCGUACAACGAUAUUUGCAAAUUACUUCCUUUAAGCCAGAAAAGUUUUGGGCUUUGCAUCCUUACAUAAUACAGAAUGGCUAUGAAAUUAAGCUAGAAUGGGAACGUCACAAGUUGUUUGACUUGGAUGUCGCUAUGAUGUUUCAAAAGUCGGUCACACAGGAUGGAAUCUUAGAAGUAAUUGAUACAUCAGAAAAACAGGAAAGCAAAGUUCGUCCUUAUGGUCUUAACACUGUGAAUCUUCUAAAGGUUGCUUCAAGUGCAUUAGGCUUUGGACCUCAAAUGGCUAUGCAGCUGGCUGAGCGCUUGUAUACUCAAGGUUUCAUCAGCUAUCCACGUACAGAAAGUACUUCCUACCCUUCUUCGUUUGAUUUUCAAGGCACACUUAGUGCACAAGCAAAUAGUCCAGUAUGGGGUGAUUAUGUACGAAGACUCCUUGCUGAAGGUUAUCAUAAGCCGCGGUCUGGAACAGAUGCAGGAGACCAUCCCCCUAUUACUCCAAUGCAGUCAGCAACUGAAGAUAAUCUUGGCAAAGAUGCUUGGAGACUAUACCAGUACGUCUGUCAACAUUUUCUAGGCAGUGUGUCUCCUGACUGCAAGUAUGUAAGGAAAAAGGUUAAAUUUUCAAUGGGUGGAGAAUACUUCCAUUGUGUAGGGCAUCAUGUUACAGUCCAAGGAUUUACAUCAAUUAUGCCAUGGUUAGCAAUAAAUGAGAAAAAUCUUCCUGAGUUUUCUAAAGGAGAGAAAAUAGAAGUUUCAAGGGUGGAGCUGAAGGAGGGAAAUACUGUAGCACCCGAUUAUCUCAGUGAGAGUGAGCUUAUUUCCUUGAUGGAGAAGAAUGGAAUAGGCACAGAUGCAUCAAUACCUGUGCAUAUUAACAACAUAUGUGAGCGUAACUAUGUCCAGGUUCAAGCUGGCAGGAAAUUGGUUCCUACUGCAUUAGGUAUCACGCUUGUAAGAGGCUAUCAGUGUAUUGAUCCAGAUCUUUGUUUGCCAGACAUCCGAAGUUUCAUUGAGCAACAGAUAACACUUGUUGCUAAGGGUCAGGCAGAUCAUUCUCGUGUUGUGCAGCAUGUGCUACAACAAUUUAAGGAGAAGUACAGUUACUUUGUUAAGCAGAUUGAAAACAUGGACGCACUAUUUGAAGCACAAUUCUCCCCACUUUCUGACUCAGGACGUGUUCUCAGUAAAUGCGGUAAAUGCCUGCGGUAUAUGAAGUACAUUUCUACCCAACCAUCACGGCUUUACUGUGCUACAUGUGAGGACGUUUAUAAUCUCCCUCAAAAGGGUACCAUUAAGCUCUACAAAGAGCUCACAUGUCCUUUGGAUGGCUUCGAGCUUUUGAUUUUCUCCAUGGCUGGUCCAGAAGGCAAGUCUUUCCCUCUCUGCCCAUUCUGCUACAACAAUCCUCCAUUUGAAGGUGUAGACACACUCUUUGGUACUACUAAGACCAAUAUUUCUGGCAAGUUUGGUAAAGAAGCGGGUAUGCCAUGCUUCCUCUGUCCUCACCCAACAUGUCGGCACUCUCUAAUAGCUCAAGGAGUUUGCGCUUGCCCGGAAUGCAAUGGUACUUUGGUUUUAGACCCAGUAAGUGCUCCCAAGUGGAGACUUUAUUGCAAUAUGUGCAAUUGCCUUGUCUUCCUCCCUCAAGGUGCACACCGAAUUGCCACCACUCGUGAUCAAUGUCCUGAAUGUGAUUCCACAAUAAUAGAAGUGGACUUCAAUAAGAAAACAACGCCUUUGGAUGAUGGCGCUACAUUGCAUAUUGGGUGCAUUCUUUGUGAUGAGUUGCUUCAUUCUCUCAUAGAGGUGAAACAUGGUAGAUCGUUUUUCAAACGUUUAGGUGGUAGGGGAAGAGGAAGAGGUGCAAGGCGAGGCGGAUAUAAAGGAAGAGGACGAAAUACUGGGAAGAUGGUGGAUCCUAAAAUGAGUUUUCGAGACUUUUGAAAGCGUUUAGUCUUUCACCUGUGUAUUUGAUCUUAAAUUGUUUUCAGCGUGCAGUUGAUUUUAUGAACAAAAAUUCUGAAACUAUGAACUUGUUCAGCUUUUGAAAUUAUCUCCUUGGUGGAAACUUUAU